AUGCUUUCGACUAACUUCUGUAGUAGAUCUAUGAAUUCUUUAGAAUCAUCUUCCAAUUUAACUCUUACUUCAAUCAACUUACAUGAGAUUAUCAGGGAAAAGAUUACCACCAUGGAGAUAGAUAACAAUAAUAAUAAUAAUAAUAAUUAUAAUAGUAUUCACAAUAAGAUAUCAUCAUUACUUGAUAUUCAGUCAGCAAUGGAAUCCACAUUUGAUUCUUUGAAAUCAAUGGUCAAUGAGUAUCAACAAAAUCAACAAACAGAAGAUGAAAUAUCGAAUAGAUUCAAAGAGAUACAUGAAUUCCUUGUUGUUGAAGAGCACAAAAUAAAGAGACCGAUCAUCAACAUCAAUGAACAAUUGGUGAGACACAUCGAAAGUCAAACCAAUGUCAUGAAAUCUUUGAAUACGAUCAGUCAACAUUAUAAAGCUAUCUUUGACAGUGAUCAUUCGAAUUCUCAGUCAAAUCAAUCACCAUCAUCUUCCUCUAUCUCACCAGAUACAACCGACAGAUACCAAACGUCAACAAUCAUAACUUCGAUAGCAAAAUGUUCAAAUCACAAUGAAUUCAUUCAAAGCAAUAUUGAUACACUGUUCUGUUUCAACGAUCGGAACAACAACAAAACCAAGAUAGAUGAAUAUUCUUUAUUGAAUCUUUUUGUUGAACACAAUAAAACAUUGAAUUUAAAUGAUAUUCAACACAUCCAAUCAAAACAAUAUCAGCUGGUUGUCGAUGAUAAGCAACUUGAACUGAUUAAAAAUCAACUUCAAUCGACUUUCAAAAUGGUAGUCAAAAGUCAACUUCAUUCAACAACUCACCCACCCAAACAAACAUAUAUUUUCUCAACGGACACCGACAGCAAACUAUCGAUGAUUAAUAUCACAAAUCGAAACAACAUUCAUUUCGAACAACAGAAUAUUGAUAGUGACAAAAAAAUGUUUUAUUUCUACUCUGUUGUUACUGUUGGCAACUAUAUCUAUAGAUUUGGCUCUACCGAUUAUGCAAAAUACUCAAUCGUCGACCAAACAUUGACUGAAAUCAAAAUGAAUGAUAUUGAUUUUGGUAUUAGAUCGGUUUGUUAUGAUGGUCAAGAUCAUAUAUAUAUUGCCCCUUGGUCUAGUCCUAGUAUCUACAGAUUCAACAUCAAUCAACUAAAAUUUGAAAUUUACUAUCGAUUGGAAAAGUUAAAUUAA